AGGGCGGAUUCCGCAGAUUUGGUCUCGACCGGUCUGUGCACUAAGCGGCUCUCCGGUGACUCCCAGACCCGAGUCUUGAUACCCUUGGGAGAGCUUUUAGUCUGGUGGGUCCCGGGUGUGUGCGACCAUCUAGCCUGCAGCCCGGGUUCUCCGCGCUCGCGUCCUCCGCAGCCAGCCUGGAGAGGCGCGUCCCAGCCCUGCGGGGAUGGAACGGACGGAGCUGCUGAAGCCGCGGACCCUGGCCGACCUCAUCCGUAUCCUGCACGAGCUCUUCGCGGGCGACGAGGUCAACGUGGAGGAGGUGCAGGCUGUGUUGGAAGCCUACGAGAGCAAUCCCGCCGAGUGGGCUUUGUACGCCAAAUUCGACCAGUACAGGUAUACUCGAAAUCUCGUGGAUCAAGGAAAUGGGAAGUUUAACCUGAUGAUUCUGUGCUGGGGUGAAGGGCAUGGCAGCAGUAUUCACGAUCACACGGACUCCCACUGCUUCUUGAAGAUGCUGCAAGGAAAUCUAAAGGAGACAUUGUUUGACUGGCCUGACAAAAAAUCCAAUGAGAUGAUCAAGAAGUCUGAAAGGACCUUGAGGGAAAACCAGUGUGCCUACAUUAAUGACUCCAUUGGAUUACACCGAGUGGAGAACAUCAGCCACACAGAGCCUGCCGUGAGCCUUCACUUGUACAGCCCACCUUUUGACACAUGCCAUGCUUUUGAUCAGAGGACAGGGCAUAAAAACAAAGUCACCAUGACAUUCCACAGCAAAUUCGGAAUCAGGACUCCAUUUCCAAUGUCAGGUUCACUGGAGAACAACUAAGGCAUACCAAGUCCUUCGAAGUUUUGCUUCUGAAUGUUUGCUUGGACAGAGAGCCCUCCCCCCACCAUUUUCUGUUCAGUUACACAGUUAAAUAAAUGCAUGCUAAGUUCUACUGCAAAGUGGGUGUGCUAAGGAAGCCAGCAAUGCCCUGAGCUGUGCAGGAGAAAAUCCUCACUGAAGAAAAAACCAAUUGGUUUUUAGUGGCCAGAUCACAUUGCUCUGUGUUCCUCUGUCCUUUCAUGGAAACUCUACUGGUGAGUUUCAGUGGGGAUGUUUUUCCGCUAUAGGAAACACCUUGGUCUCUGAUAAUCAAUAAGUGAAAGUGAGAAACCACAAACUAUCAAAUGUUUUCAUACCUGGAAGACUAAAUGUAGCAACCUUUAAUAUACUUUGUAUGUUCUUAAUAUUUGACAAGAAAUGUUUAAAUCUGGGUUUUUUUUUUUUUUUUUCAACCCUAGUUGACAAAUUCCUGUGCUGUGGAGAACAGGGACACGGAUAGCGGUUUGUUGCUUGGUAGUGAGGGGCAGAGGGGUUAGAAAUACACAUGUACCCAGGCCUCCUGCAAACAAAAAUGCAAACCCAGGUGUAGUGUGUCCACCCACCUUGAACUGCCUUCAUAAUGGCCAAACAGCUUUAAUAAAACCGGAUUUGAGAAGUAAA